AGACUUAGCACAAUCUCAUCCGCUCUAAACAACCUCAUCAAAACUACUUUCUGGUCAGAGAGAAGCAAUAAUUAUUAUUAACAUUUAUUAACGAUCAAUAAACUUGAUUGCAUUAUGGCCAGCACUAUUAAGGAAGCGUUAUCUGUCGUGAGCGAGGACCAGUCAUUGUUUGAGUGCGCAUACGGCACGCCGCACCUGGCCAAGACGGACAUGACCGCGUCCUCCUCCAGCGACUAUGGACAGACAUCCAAGAUGAGCCCGCGUGUCCCUCAGCAGGACUGGCUGUCUCAACCCCCAGCCAGGGUCACCAUCAAGAUGGAAUGUAACCCUAACCAGGUGAACGGCUCAAGGAACUCCCCCGAUGAAUGCAGCAUGGCCAAAGGAGGGAAGAUGGUGGGUAGCACGGACACUGUCGGGAUGAAUUACAGCGGCUACAUGGAGGAGAAGCAUAUGCCGCCCCCAAACAUGACCACGAACGAGCGCCGAGUUAUCGUCCCAGCAGAUCCUAUGCUAUGGAGUACGGACCAUGUCCGGCAGUGGCUGGAGUGGGCAGUGAAAGAAUAUGGCCUUCCGGAUGUCGACAUCUUAUUGUUCCAGAAUAUUGACGGGAAGGAGCUGUGCAAGAUGACCAAAGACGACUUUCAGAGGCUCACCCCGAGCUACAACGCUGACAUCCUUCUGUCGCAUCUCCACUACCUCAGAGAGACACCUCUUCCACAUUUGACUUCAGAUGAUGUUGAUAAAGCCUUACAAAACUCUCCACGGUUAAUGCAUGCUAGAAACACAGGGGGUGCAGCUUUUAUUUUCCCAAAUACUUCAGUAUAUCCUGAAGCUACGCAAAGAAUUACAACUAGGCCAGAUUUACCUUACGAACCACCCAGGAGAUCAGCCUGGACCAGUCACGGCCACCCCACGCCCCAGUCGAAAGCUGCUCAGCCAUCUCCUUCCACAGUACCCAAAACUGAAGACCAGCGUCCUCAGCUAGAUCCUUAUCAGAUUCUUGGACCCACAAGUAGCCGCCUUGCAAAUCCAGGGAGCGGGCAGAUCCAGCUGUGGCAGUUUCUCCUGGAGCUCCUGUCAGACAGCUCGAACUCCAACUGCAUCACCUGGGAAGGCACCAACGGGGAGUUCAAGAUGACAGAUCCAGAUGAGGUGGCCCGGCGCUGGGGAGAACGGAAGAGCAAACCCAACAUGAACUAUGAUAAACUCAGCCGGGCCCUCCGUUACUACUAUGAUAAAAACAUCAUGACCAAAGUCCACGGGAAGCGCUACGCCUACAAGUUUGACUUCCACGGGAUCGCCCAGGCCCUGCAGCCCCACCCUCCGGAGUCCUCCCUGUACAAGUACCCCUCGGACCUCCCUUACAUGGGCUCCUAUCACACCCACCCACAGAAGAUGAACUUUGUGGCCCCCCACCCUCCAGCCCUCCCCGUGACAUCGUCCAGUUUUUUUGCUGCCCCAAACCCAUACUGGAAUUCACCAACAGGAGGGAUCUACCCUAACACUAGGCUCCCAGCCAGCCAUAUGCCUUCGCAUCUGGGCACUUACUACUAAAGACCCGAGAGAGGCCUUUCCCAGCAACAUGCAACCGCCAACCAAUUGCCACAAGCUCUAUCGGAGACCAUGAAUCAGAAGUGCCUCAAGAGGAAUGAAAAAGCUUGACUGGGGCUGAGGGGGAGGAAGCCGGGGAAGAGAUCCAGAGACUCUCAGUGGGAGGGAAUUACUAAAAUAUUACUACAGAGAUAAAGAGGAUGCUACAAAUGUAAUGUACGUGGGCAGAUCAUCUGUGGACCAACCUUGUAAAAGGCAUUGUAAGUAGAAGCAUGAAGUCAUGAGGACAAAGUGCCAAAGAAAAUGUUCUGAGGAAGAGUGUGUGAACCUUAGAGUAGCCUUUGGGAUCCUGUUCAUGCAUUAAACUGGGAUUAAACUCAAGCAAUAGAGAUAACACAGUCUGGACCUAACGUGCCAUUUCUAAUGUCAUUUGAAGGAAAAAAUAAAUCUACCUGUAUUUAAAAAGAGAAACAUAUCAACACAGAAAA